AUGAUUUAUUUGAAGUCUUUAUUGAAGGUUAUCGACAAUUCCGGUGCUCAAAUUGCUGAAUGUAUCAAAGUUCUUGGGAAAGGUUCUCCAAAAUCUCCAGGUAGAAUCGGUGAUAAGAUCGUAUGUGUUGUCAAAAAGGCUAAGCCUUUGACGCAAAAUAUUACUGGUCAAUCCAACAAUAACAGAGUGAAAAAGGGUGACAUUGUCCACGCUGUUGUAGUGCGUACGAAGCAAAGAAAUAUGGUUCGUCCCGAUGGAUCGACGAUUGCAUUUGGGGAUAACGCAUGUGUUCUGAUCAACAAGAACAAUGGGGAGCCUCUAGGGUCCAGAAUUAUGGGUAAUGAUGGUGUUGUUGGAAGGGAACUUAGAGAUAAGGGCUACAACAAGAUAUGUGCAUUGGCAAGUAAGGUUUUGUAA